AUGACCCACUCUUGCUGCUCUCCAUUCCAUCAGCCUAUCUGCUGUAGGACCACCUGCUGCCAACCUACUUGUGUGACCCCCUGCUGUCAGCCCACUGGCUGUGGCUCCAGCCAGCCUUGCUGCUGUCCUGUCUGCUGCCAAACUGCCUGCUGCCAGCCCACCUGUUGCAGCAAACCCUGUCAGCCCACCUGCUGUGAGACCAUCUGCUGCCAGUCCUCCUGCCCCCCAACUUGCUAUCAAACUAGUGAAACCACCUGCUGUAGGACCACCUGCCACAAGCCUGCUUGUGUGACCACCUGCUGUCAGCCCACCUGCUGUGGGUCCAGCAGCUGUGGACAAACCUUCAAUGGGUCCAGCUACAGCCAGUCUUGCUGCCAGCUGGUAUGAUGUGCACCUGUGUACUGCCACAGACUCUGCUACCACCCCACGUGCUGCUGCCUGCCUGGGUGCCAAGACCAGAGCUGUGGAUCCAACUGCUGCCAGCCUUGCUGCUGCCCCGUCUGCUGUCAGACCACCUGCUGUAGGACCACCUGCUGCCGCCCCAGCUGUGUGUCCCCCUGCUGCCCUUCCUCCUGCUGA